GGGAGGGAGGGGGAGGAAAGCGAAUAGAACUCUGCAACAUUGUAUUGAGGCCGAUCCCUGACGUCACGGUAGGCAAGGUCCCCACGUGACUGCCAGAGAGGAGCCUACCACUGGUGACGGGGGGGCCCGGGCCCCGCACCUGCCUCCUGGCCCCUUCCCGCAAGUUUUUUCCCGGGGGUCUCCUUGGAGACCCUUUCCAUUAGUCUCUCUACAAGCUCGGGGGUGCUCCCGAGUGGGUUCCGGGCCCCCUUUGGCCCCUCCUGGCAGAAAGCCCUUCCCCGGGAUCCUCCCCGGGCUGCCUACGAUGGUAGCGCCUGCCGCUCAAAUUCCGAGAAUUGAGCUGUGUUGAUUCUUAGAACUGGGGUUCUUAGAAGUGGUGAUGCAAGGAGUUUCUAGGAAAGCGCGGAGACCAGGUGAUUCGCUCUCGCUCGCUGCUUUGCAUUGCUGCCGCUGUCCGGGCUGCUGCUGCUGCUGCCUGCGCCGUGCCUCUUUGGAUGAGGAUGAUUAAUAAUAACCAGAAUAAUAACCAUAAUAAUAUUUAGAGCAAUAACAAUAGCAAGGCAGCCAAGAUGCUGGAGGCGGUGCCAGGGCUCCGUAGCGCGCUGCGCCUCUUUCAUUUCCAUCCAUCCCAUUGCCACCUUUUUUGUUGCCUGGAAAUCGGGGGCUUUCUUGAGCAAGGAGGGGGAGGUGGCUGGAGGUGGGGGGGAAGGCUCUGGUCCCGUUCGGCGCCGGUGCUUUUGCAAAGGGGGGUCUGUUUCUCGCGUUGUAUGUGUGUGUGUCCCCUCUCUUUCCUUCUCCCUGGCGCGGCAGGUGGAAGGCAGGCGGGCGGGCGGGCGCGCAGAGGGCUCCCCCUGCUCUCCAAUCGCCCAGAGCCACCAGGAGGGGGGAAAAGCCAUGCUUGGCUCUUAAGCCUUGUCAGUCUCCCCGGCGGGGUUUGCUGCCUGCCUGCCUCUCUCUCCUGAGCGUGUCAAUUUCUGCUUGCAGGGAGCAGAGAGGGUGGCUGUUUUGACGCUUGUCAGUUUCAUUUUGGAAAGGCGAGGAGGCGCGGGGCGUUUUGCCGAGGAUCGUGGCUUGUUGUGUCGGGAUCGCGUUUUUUUGGAAGGGCUGUUUUUUUGGAAGGGCUGCCCGUGGAAGGAAGCUGGCGGGGAGGGAGGGAGAGCGCGAGAGAGCUCUGGGGGAAGCUGGUGGUUGUGCUAAUCGGGCGAGCCGAGCAGGACACCUCUAUUCCCCGAGUCCUUUCCAUUCACAGAGUCAGCGGCCGCCUUUGCCCCAUCGUGACCGGGUCUUAAUAUUUUUUUGGCCAUGGAGGCAUUUUUCAAAUUUCCCCCACCCUCUUAUUUUUAUUUUCAUUUUCAAUCACUUUGCAAAACUGGGUUCCCCGAAACGUGUUUUGUUUUUUCCUUCUCCCCCCUCUAGUCUCUUUCCUUUCGGGCGCUCGAUAACGCCAGCUCGCCUCGCUCGCCUGGCGCCGCUCCACCGACCAGGGCCUCGCGUGCGCGCGAGCUAAACGCACAAGGGCAGCCGGGGAAGGGAAAGAAGCGGAGGAGGAGGAGGAGGAGGGGACGGUUGUUUGUUUGUUCCACCGGGCGACCCAAAUAUAAAUAAACAAGCACAAGUAAACAUGCAACCGGCUGGCGCUCCGAAACCCACCAAAGCGUGUAUAUAUAGGAUUGCGCGCCGGGGUGAAGGGGUUUCCCCAAUGGGGCUUACUCCCGAGGAAACAUGCAGAGGAUAGAAAACACGCACCCCCAAAAUUCCCUUUUUUGUCUUUUCUCGGGGGCAGACAAAAAGCCAGCUUACGACUGACUUAUGUUCGGGCAACUCGCCCCCCAAAGAGAUCGGCCGGGUCCCGAGGCUUUGGGCACCUGCCGCGGCGCGUCUCCCGGGAUCGGGGCCGGAGAGGGAGGGGGGCGCCUCUCUGGCCUCGCGCGCUGUGUGUAUUUCUGCGGCGGCCGGGGCUGCGUGCCUGCCACUCGCCUCCCAAUGGCCGGGCCGGCCUCCUCCUCUCUCCUUCUUCCUCCUCCUCCUUCUCGGCCGGCUGUCAUCCGGCGCGGCCCGGGUAGCCGCCGCCGGAGCGCCGCGCGCGAAGCCGGAGAGCGCCGGGGCUCUUCCAAAGGCGGGCGCGCGCGCGGAGGAGCGCGGGAGGCGGAGGUCCCUGGCCCGGCGCGCAAGAUGCGCGCACGAGCCCAACGUAGGACUGUGCUUCCCUCCCGUAACAGCCCCAGAAAAAAAGGGGAAAAAACCUGUCUGGUUCCGCCGGCAGCCUCUGCCGCAAACCCAGAGAGGCAGGCAGUUCCCAACAUCUCUACCCCCGCAUCGCAAUUUCACAUGUGCAUGUACAGUAUACUGUACAUGCACAUGUGAAAUUGCGAUAUAAUAUAUUAAAAUGGAGCUGCAGAAAAAUAUAUUUGCCAUGAUGCGUUUUGUUUCUCUCUUUAAAAAUAUGAAUAUAUGGGGGACUCAUGUCUUUGAAAAAUAUUAGGAAAGGCGAAAUCCUUCAUCAUGGAUACUUUGGCGAUGCCGGGGGACUUUAUCACGCAGCAGAAUUCUCCAGGGUGGGUUAUAUUUGGGUAGGGCGAUGUGAAGAGAAAAAGUUAGGGGGCAGCCCCUCUUGUUUAUUUAUAUCCGCGCCCCUGCCUCCGCGGGCGCCGGGUUGUUGUGUUUUUUCCUGAGCGAAAAAUAGGCAGGUCCCGGCCCCGAGGAGACUCCAUCUGCGUUCGAUCUCGGCUGGCGCGCGUCGGGUCCUGCUGGCGCGCGAAUGUUUCCAGGCUCCCCGGCGUGUGUGCGUGGGGACGGUGGCGGGGGGGAGAGAAAGGCAGCCAGCUGAGCCUGGGAACAGAAGCUGUGCCAUGAAAACAGAGUCUGCCUGGUGGAGGUGGCUGUUGGAUUAAUAUUAAUCCCUGUUUUCUCUUCUUUUCGCCCCCCCUCCCUCGCCAGAUAGCAAAUGUAGUGACUUUAUUUUCAAGAAACAAUUAAAAAACGAGCCUCUCUGAAGGAUGUAAGGAAGUCAGGUUUCCGAAACACGAGCCCAGUUUUUAGAAGAAGAAAAAACCCCCAGUGUAUUUGAAAGAUAUGUGUAAUAUACUGUAAUAGAUAUGGGGAACACUAGAAUUUAAUCUAUAGAUGUUAUUGCUGGACGUUAGGAUUGGUGAUGGGGAGAUCAGGCAAGCCUGGAGUGCGGUUUUAAUUUUUUUUUGGGGGGUGGGGAGUCUUUUUGCUCUCUUAUUCUGGAAUCACCUACCCCGGAAUAACAGACCCCUUCCCCAAUUCCAUGCUAGCCAAAUUUUGCCACUCCGCUCCCCCAGACAUUAAGCCUUGAAAUAUGUGUGGGGAGAUGGGAGACCCCAUCUUUCUCUACCCCUUGACUAUGGAAGUGGGGCAGUUACCGCGCAGUUAAGCCUCGCUGGUUGCUCCAGGCUUCCCCUAUCUCUCCAGAAUGGUCCAGACGGCCCCUUUAAAAAACAAACAAACCCAGACGCUUGAAGAAGCGUUCCUGGAAGGGAACACAGGAAUUAAUAGCGGGGAAGGAGACGCAUUUAUUAACACUUACCCGUCUGUAAACUGAUCUCCUUAAUCCCUGCAGAGAAAGAGGCAAAAUUUAGGGUCUGGGUUUGGACCAGGUUGGGGGUGGGGAGCCCUCUCCAAAGCCCUAAAGACCAGGGCAACUAACUGCCCCCUCUGUAGAGCCAAAGACCCACGAGUCAGGGGUGCCUGUUUGUUUUGGUACUCCCCCUCCCCAAAUUAAAAUGCUUUGGAGGGCGAGAGCGGGGCCGUGGAGAAGGCGGCGAAGUCUUGUUUGUUUGCUUAAGGAACGGCCAAGGCGAAAGGAGAUCGAGCGCAGCCAACUCCGAGAGUUCAAUCCUCGCUCUCUCCCCCUCCGGCACUUUUCGUAAAUUUCUUAAAGCGCUUCCUUAGAAUAAAGGGGUCUAUAUUUACGGGUGGGGGGAGCUGGAGGGGGGGGGAUCAUGUUCUCUUGGGGACAAAGUUAUCCAGGUGUAAGGGAAAGUUGUUAGAAAUCCAACCUCUUUAUUAAAAAAAUAAUAAUCGAGGAUUUCCCCGUCCUUCGCAUGACAGAGUGUGUUUAGGUGUGUCUUCUCCUCCGGAGUGAGGGGUGGGAAAACUUUGUUGUGAGUUGGAAUGGGGGGAGAGAGACUUCUGAUUUAAAUCGGUAUGUUUGUGUGUGGGGCAAGAUUGACCUCUGGUGGUUAAAUGUGGAAUAGCGGAGCAGGAUCCCUCUCCCCUCCCCCCCCCAACCUACCCCCUAUUUGGCAAAUCUGUGGGGUGUGUGUAACAUAUUGCAAAAUAACCAUGGUUGUGGGUGCUGUGAAAUGUAGAGAACGCUGUUGGGGUUUGCCCUUGUGCUGUGGGUGAGGUGCUGCCUUUUAUAUAAAACAGCAUUUGCCCAACUUUCACAACGCUUUGCAAAAGGCCUAGGGUUUGUUUGCGGAGUUUUCUUUCGUCUCUGUCCACCAGCAAACCCGCCCUGUGACCCUCAGAUGAAGGGCUGUAUCGAAAUCUAAUACAUUUAAACACGAGUUUAAAAUAACCCCAGGCCCAUUUUGCAGAUGGGGAAACUGAGGCUUCAAAACCAUGGGCAGAGCAGGGAGUCUGAAUAUGGGCAUCUGUAUGUCAGGUACUAGAGACACAGAAGGGGACAGGGUUGCUCUUGUGCUCAGAUCCUGCUUGCGGAUUUCCCCAGAAAGGCACUUGGUUUGUCACUGUGAGAAUAGGAUACUGGAUUCUAGGCCUGAUCCAGCCAGCCUCUCCUUAUGUUCUUAUGUGUGAUUCUGCCCCACAUUUAAACUGUGUAUAUGAGCAAUAGAAAGGAGUUUUGCAGGGUCUAAAAUAGGAAUGGGGAACCUGCGGCUGUCUAGAUGGUCGCUGGCUUCUCCUCAUGGUCGUUGGCCAUCAGGCUGACUGACAGGCAGGUGUUGGAGUCUAGCAUCCUCUGAAAAACUGCAGGUUCCUCACUCCUAGGUCUUAAAAUCAAACCAGGAAGCUCCAGGGUUUGACACACUAGAGUUUGGCAGUGGGAGAAACCUCCUUACCAUCUAGUACAAGGCUUGUGUUUUUCCACUUCCAUCAAAUCAAAAUACAAAGAGAGGCUUGAUCGGAGGUUUGUUUGCUUUUUUAAAAAAAAAUGUUUUAAUUAUUGUUUGCGACGCCGCAGGGAGAGAUUUAAAGGAGGAAUACAAAGUACAGGCUGCCUUCAACUCUUGGGGGGGUGUCUAAGCUUGCUUCAGAGUAAAUUGAGGCAAUCUAUUUGAAAAGAGAGAGAAACUGGACCAAUAACUGACAUUUAUCCAGCUGAAUGGAUGGGUAACUACUCUCAAGUAGAAGGUCUUCUCAUAUAGGUAGGGGGAAAAGUGCAGAACUUCACCAGGGAUAGGGUCCAUCAACUCUUUGGUUCCAAAUCGGAUACUAAUAACAAAUUUAGUUAGUCUCUAAGGUGCUACUGGAAGGGCUUUUUUAUUUUGUUUCAUCUCAGGGAAGUUUGUCAGACAACCUGUAAAAGGAAAAACAUCUUUAUCGCCUGAGUGUUGGGUCUUCUGAUGACUCUUGGCUGUGCAAAGAUCACCUGGUUUGGUUAAAAUCGGCCUUCAUCAUCAUCCUGGUGCCCUCUUCCAGAUAGGUUUCUGGAAGAACGGUAGCUUUAUUUGCACCAGUGGGUUCCCGGCUCAAAGCAUGGCCCCUUAACCUAGGUGAAGCCCACCUGGUGCCUUCCAGGUACUGGACAACAACUCCCAUCAGCCCCUGUGGGAGGUUGAUGGGAGUUGUAGUCCAAUUUAUGGAGGGCGCAAGGUCGGCAAAGGAACGAGCUUGUCUUCUCCUGCUCCAAGGGUAGGGCUCAAACCGAUGGAUUCAGAUUGCAAGAAAGUGAGAUUCCAACUAAACAUUUUGAGAGUAGGAGCUGUUUGAGAGUGGAAAGAUAGCUGGUGGUUUCUCCGUCAUUGGAGGGUUUUAAGCAGAGCUUGGAUGGCCACCUGUCAGGGCGGUAGACUAGAUUACCUUGGAGGGUAAUCCAGUUUGACAAUUCUGUGAUACCAGAAGUCAAAUGAUUUGGGGGCAGCAGCAAGAGAACUACUUGUUGGAGUAUGUCUCCCUAUAUAUGUCAACACCCACUGUUUUGCCUUGCACAACUUCUCAUUUCAAUGGGGUUUGCGCAACACAGUGGAUGGAGCCUCAAGUUUCAGCUUCCCAAACUAAAGGAUGCCAAGAGCUCUAGCUUAAUUUUAAGAAAACUUUUUGAGUUCUGCAAAGGUGUGAAGAGGUGAGUGGGGGUGUUAAUUGGUGGGGGGCUGGGGUCAGUUUUGAAACUUGAAUUUGGAGAUCAGGUGCUGGUAACUGGAAAGCCAGAAGGGCACAUCAGAGUUGACUUUUUUUAAAACAAACAAACCAAAAUACCAGUCAUUCAGGAAAAAACCUGAUCCUAGGAUUUCAGCCAUUUCAGUUUCAGGAAACGCGUGCUUAGCUCUCCCAUUGAAAUAAAUGGACUUUCUGUGUGCUUGAUAGGCUGGAUUAAUGGGUUUUUGUGUUGCUCAUGUUGCACUGAAGUCUCAGUGUGCAGAGGAACCCUUGGAAAAUUGUACAAUGAUUUCCACCUCCCUCCAAAUAUGUACUCGUAAGUACUGAGCCAAAUCAGAACUGGGCCUGUCAAGGUUGGCUCUGCGUUGUCCUUGGCCAAGCCAGCACGCUCCAGGUGUUUUAUCUGAAACAUCUGGAGGGCACCGGCUUGGCAAAGGCUUGCUCUGCACUGGAAGAAAUCCCAUUAGCAACGUCUGAGCUGGUUGGAGUGAAAUGCAACACUGGCUUUUGCACGGUGGUCCGCGUGCGAGAAGCUUGUUUACUCUUCCUCCUUCGUCUCCCACGAACUUUCACUUUGUUUUUUGGGUCAGUAUCACUUGUGGUUACUGGGGAGGCAAGGGAGCGGGUGGGGGGUGAAGAAAGAGUUGGCUUUGGGGAAGUGGUUAUGGCCACGGAGUCCUGUUUUCACUCUCGCUCUCGCUCUCCCAGUGGCAGGUUAUAUGAAAACUCUCUGUUUGCAGGUCCCCCUCCACGACUUCUAAUCUGUUCUCUUACUCAUUGUGGGCAUAAAAACAUUUAUUAUUAUUAUUAUUAUUAUUAUUAUUAAAACCUCUUGCAUGUUAUGGUUACUGAUUUAUUUUCUGCGCUCUUGAUUCAUUCAUCAAACGAUUCUCACGAAACUUAGCCACCCAACACAUAGCUUGAUUUUAUUUACCCAUUUCAGUAAAUUUAUACCCUGCUUGAUUGCAAAGAAAACCUCAAAGCGGUUUUCGUUAAAAGACAAAGCAAUAAAAUGACCGCAGUGCAAAAUUAACAACAGUGAAAAUUUAAGAUAGACAACUUCUGAUUUGCUCGGGGGUCUUUAUAACUUUGUGUGAUAGCCCCAAUGUGGGUCCAAGGUCCCCACCCCAUCAAAAUAUUCUCGGUUGCAAUGCUACUACCGUAUUCCCUUUCUGGGGGAGGGACAGGUGAAAUAUCAGGAGCGUCUGGUAUGCGUCUGUAAGUCAAGUGCCCCAAAUGAACCAGAGGUGUUAAGAAGUUAUCUCCUUCUGAAGACGUCUGCGGUUGACUUCCAGACCUUAGUAAAUUUGUUAGCAGAUCCACUGUAAUUGAGGGGAAAUCUAAUCAAUUUCAUUGGGUCUCCUCUAAGCAUAACUUAAGUCAGGAUCCAACCCUUUGUUGAGCCCAGGGAUGGGGAAUGGGGCACCCUUUAGGCUACAAUUGCCAAACUUCUGUUGUCCACGCUCCUGUAACCUCUAGGUUGGAAUAUGGCAACGUGUUAUAUUUGGGGCUGCUUCUGAAGAUGGUCUGGCAGUCAUUUACACCUCUAGUGCUCCCUUGUCUCCCUCUUGCCUCUUAGCCUCCCCCCAGGUCCCUGCCCCACAGUGUCCAUUGAUUAUAGAAUAAAAUGAGAGCCAGCAUGGUGUAGUGGUUAAGAGCGGUAGACUUGUAGUCUGGUGAACCAGGUUCGAUUCCCUGCUCCUCCACAUGCAGCUGCUGGGUGACCUUGGGCCAGUCACUCAGCCUCACUCACCUCACAGAGUGUUUGUUGUUGGGGAGGAAGGGAAAAGGAGAUUGUUAGCUGCUUUGAGACUCCUUAGGGUAUUGAUAAAGUGGGAUAUCGAAUCCAAACUACUACUACUACUACUACUACUACUACUCUUCUUCUUCUUCUUCUUCUUCUUCUUCUUCUUCUUCUUCUUCUUCUUCUAUAAUUAACUAGCCUGCCUGAUCUGUAAGGAAAUCCCCAUGGACUCUAACCCUUAGUUCAUCCUAUUUUGCUACAUCUCUGCUGAGAUUUCCCUUCUGCAGCUGACAGCUGCGACGUAGCGAUCAUACUUUCCCCAGGACCAGCUGGCACCCCUGCAUAAGCGAGCCAGGAUUUGAACCCAGAUCCAUAGCUGAUCCUGUUUGUCAGAACAUUUGAGUUUGAGCUUCCAUCCCUGGUUGAAAUCCAACCGGGAGGAUCGCUGAUCCCUGCAAACUGGCAGAGGAGCAGGGUGUUUGUGAAAUCACGGAAUCCAACAGUUAUUACCUCCAGAAAGUUCUUUCUGAAGUUUAGUUGUAAUCUCCUUUCCUGGCAUUGGAAUCCAUUGGUUUGGGUCUUACUUAUAGGAUGGCUCUCAUAUCCCCUCUCCUCUCGGAUAAACAAACCCAACUCCCUCAACUGUUCCUCAUCCGGCUUGGUUUCCAGACCUGUUAUCAGAUCUUUUACCGUAUAUGUGUGUGUAUAGGGGGAGACUAAUUUUCUUCCAUACGGAAUUUACCUUUGGAAAAGCAGCAACGACUCAAACAUUUUGCGCACGAGAAGAGAGUGUGUCUGUGCGUGAGUCAGGCAGCCUGUGUGAUAAGGGGGGGGCGGAUAUGGGGUGCCCUGAGCAGGAAGAAAGGAGGGAGUGUUGGCAAAUUCUGAAGGCUGGGCAUGUCAGGGUGAGCAGUGGUUACAUAUUCUCACGACCACUGCUCCUUGUGCAUUUUUCUAAUCUAUGCGUUGUGCUGAAGAAGAUUCCAGCGAAACAGACAGAUUAUCCGGGAUUACUGUCCUACGUUGUUAUUCACUUACUAUUUCGACACCAUGAACCCCUAAAAAAAGUUUUACUGCUUAGCCCACAGGAUAGCAUCUAUUACUUUGUUUCAGCCAUAGACUUAUUAUACUUCUACGGACUUUCAAGGAUUGACAGACGUGUGUUCGUCUGAUUUCAAAUACAUUAGAGAAUUUACAAGUGUACACGUUUUGUUUUUGUUGUACCAAAUCAUGUAUAUUAUUCAGUAAGAAUUGCAGUGCUAUCUAGUAUACUGGUCUUCGUGUUGCUUGUAUUGUUUGUUGUGUUAAGUUUGCAACACAGGGGUUUGUUGUUCUGUAGGGGUGAGCACCUUGGCCCAGGAGAAUGGGCUUGAGUCAGAAAUCCUUGCAGGGAGAUCUACUGCUAGAUUCAAGCAUACCUUACGUCGCCUGCACCUUUGUGGGAAGAAGCACCAUAGCUCAGUAGCAGAGCAUGCAUUUUGCAAACAGAAUGUCCCAGCUUCGAAUCCUCAGCAUCUCUGGGUAGGUCUAGGAAAAUUCUCCGCCUGAAACCAUGGAGAGCCCCUGCAAUUUAGGGCUGACAUACUGAGCUCAAUGGGCCAGUGGGUUCCUAUGUUCCUGUGCUCAGAGUACUUUAACUGACAAUGCUGGAAAUUCAACCUGGGAUCUUCUUGCACGCAACCUUCUCAUAAUGGUUUUGCAUGGCCAGUAUGCAUUUGUUACUGGCUGUAUUACUGUUUGUGUUCAUGGUCAGCUGGUUUGUGGGUCUGCUGAGUUGAAAAGCAGAGCGUGGAUUUAGUAAAACGUGCCCCACCGCUGAGCAGGGUUGUGAUGUUUUUAGAACGAAGCUCCUUCUUCAACCAGUGCAGAGUUAAACUGUGGAACUCACUGCCACAGGGGGCAGUGAUUGCCGCCAGAGACGGCGCCCUUUUAACACUAAGCCUAGAACUUGUAGACAUCUAAUGAAGCUGAAGAUUCUGGAUGUCUGCAUGAAAUGACUUAUUCGUGAAGCACAUAGUUAGCCUACGGAACUCCCUCCCACAAGAGUGGCUUUAAAAGAGGACUAGACAAAUUCAUGGAGGGUGGCUACUAGCCACAAUGGCAAUGCUCUGCCCUCCACAGUUGGAGGCAGCAAAUGAUUCUGAACACCAGCUGCUGGAAGCCACAGGAGGGGUGUUGUGUUCGAAUCCUGCUUGCGGGUUUCCUUCACGAAUCUGGCUGGCUGCUGCGAGAACAAGAUGGUAGAUGAGAUAGGGGCCCUGGCCUAAUCCAGCAGCCUCUCCUCGUGUUCCUAACGCUUUGAAGAGUGGAGGAAGGAGGACAUCGUACAAUGUUGCAGGCCUCCUUACCUGAGUCGUCGCAGAAAAGGGCUUCCCACCUCCCUAGUCUUCUCCUUUCAGCAAUUCUGAGUGGAGACCGCGUGUGUGUGUGUCUGGCUUUUUGUUUUCCUGGUUACAGGCUAACAAACCUGCCCCCUUUCUCUGCCAUUGUGUUUCCUAGAAGCAUUUGUGUCUGCUCUGGCAGGAAACUGGAUCACGCAGGAGCUUGGAACAAAAUGCUCAGUGUGGUAACCUCUUAGGCGCACAAUACAGGAGGGGAGGAAGCUGGCAGAAUCAAAGUCUCUUUGAUCUGCACUGACUAAGGAGUUUCGAUGCUCACAGCCGUGGUUGGCCUCCAUUCUCGUCGCCCCCACCUUCAUUUUCCUCUCGCUGCUGCUGCUGUCUAAUCUCAGGUCGCUUGUCUUAGACAGCAGACAGGGACGGCUGACUUGGGAAGUGAGAGAAAGAAGGCCUCUCAAGUCCUUCCACCAGGAGGGGGGAAUCCCAGCAAGCGAUCUUUGCUCAUUGCGAGAAAUGCUGUGGCGAGGAUCAGUGACUUCCAAAUUUCCCCUCUUCCGAGAACUCUUUCUGUAUCAAUCUGCUUGCUGCAGAACUCCAGUUUGGGGUUCAGUUGCCUUGCGUAGAGUGCAUGAGCACCAGGAACAGUGCCAGUGUUCGAAAUUAUCCAGGCGCCAGGAGCGUUUUGCUACCGGUGCAGGUCCAAUUUGCAACCGCAUGGAGAUUUCUGGGCACCAGGUUUAAAAACCUCUGCCUUACUCUGUAGUUAAUACCGUUUCUGUUUCCACUGUGUGUGUGUUUCUUCUUCUUGCAUACUGGGACAAGCAAAUUGUAAGAGCAAGUGCAAUAUCAAAGAAUCGUGGAAUUGUAGCAUUGGAAUAAUAACAUAAUAAUAAUAAUAAUAAUUUAUUAUUUAUACCCCACCCAUCUGGCUGAGUUUCCCCAGCCACUCUGGGCGGCUUCCAAUCAAGUGUUAAAAACAAUACAGCAUUGAAUAUUAAAAACUUCCCUAAACAGGGCUGCCUUCAGAUGUCUUUUAAAGAGAAGAUAGCUACUUAUUUCCUUCACAUCUGAAGGGAGGGUGUUCCACAGGGCAGGCGCCACCACCAAGAAGGCCCUCUGUCUGGUUCCCUGUAACCUCACUUCUCGCAGGGAGGGAACCGCCAGAAGGCCCUCAAAGCUGGACCUCAGUGUCCGGGCUGAGUGAUGGGGGUGGAGACGCUCCUUCAGGUAUACAGGACUGAGGCCAUUUAGGAAAGAUCAGCACCAACACUUUGAAUUGUGCUCGGAAACGUACUGGAAGCCAAUGCAGAUCUCUCAGGACCGGUGUUAUGUGGUCCCAGCGGCCGCUCCCAGUCACCAGUCUAGGGGAUCCCAAAGGCCAUUUAGUCCAACCCCUGGGCAAACUGACAUUCUGUGUUGGCAACCACAAUCUAGAUUCAAGGUGCCAUUCGGCGCUUAGCUUAUAUACCUGAGUUUCUAACGUUGGAACAGCCAUAGCUCAAUGACGGAGUAGCAGCCAGAAGGUCUCCUUCCGUCCCUAGGGUAUCUGCCUUAAAACCCUGGAGAGAAGCAGCUGCCAGUCAGUGUGGGAAAUGCUGAGCUAGUCAGACCAGCACUAUGGCUCUGUCUAAAGCAGUUUCCUACCUUCCUGCGUUUGCCAGAGCUUUAAGAGUUCAGCAUCGCCUUGGGCGAGCCGAGAGCAGAGACAGGAGAGCACCUGCUACUCCUAUGACCACCUUGUGCAGAGGGCCUAUAAGUUGUCCUUCUGGGAGACUUGUUUGCCAUUGCAGAUCUGCUUCCGGGGGGUGGGGGGAGCCUCACAACUGUGGCUGGGUUCCUUCUGAGGGAUACCUGGGUCCCUUCAGAUUUGCUUUGGCAUUUGCAUUUUGCUUUCCCAGCCACAAAUGUUGGGCAGAAAGGGAGCUCAGAAUGAUCGCAGUAGCAUUAAGGAACAACAACACAUUGCAGUCGCUGUAAUAUCAAGCCGAACAACAUAUAGACAAAGCAAACGGCGACAGCAAAUCCAUCAAAACAAGUAACACAAUUCAAAAAUGUUGUAUUAAAAGCUUCCAGGCAUUGGUGGUGCUGAAGCAUAAGAAAGAUACUUUAAAAAUAAAAAACACCUUUUUUGGCAAGGGCGUAGCCUUGCAACUGAAAUGAAACAGUACGGAAUGCCGUUAAAAAUUCCUUCCCUGCAAGGCCUUGAACCCAGUGACCCUUUGGGUCCCUUCCAAUUCUAUGAAAAAUAACCCAAAUGCAGCGGAGGUGAUGCUGCCUUCAAAAAGGGGGACAAUGAAGGGUGUUUGGGGAUGAUGGAAUUGCUUUCCAGAUACUGUCCAAAGGCAGAGUUGGAAGAGACACCAGGUGUCAUCUAGUCUGACCCCCUGCAAUGCAGGAACCACAGCCAGAGAAUCCAUGACAGAUGGCCAUGCAACCUCUGCUUGAAAACCUCCAAGGAAGGAGAGUCCACAGCCUUCUGAGGAAUUCCAUUCCAAUGUCUCAGAAAGGUCUCCCCAAUGUUUAGUUAAAAUCUCCUGACUUGUAACUUGGCUCCUGCUCUACCUUCCAUAUCUAUAGGACCACCUCUCCUGGUCUGCCCUGCAGAGGACCUUAAGGUCCAUGAAUAACCAUAGUUUAGAGGUCCCGGGCCCAAGGAAGUCAGACUAUCCUCCACCAGGGCCAGGGCCUUUUCAGUGAUGGCUCCGACCUGGUGGAAUGCUCUGUCUCAUGAGGCCAGGGCCCUUCAGGAUUUAACCUCCUUCCGUCGGGCCUGUAAGACAGAGCUAUUCCGCCUGGCCUUUAAUUUGAAUUCAGCCUGAUCUUUUAUUUCCCUUCUCUUCCCUCCCCCUCCCCUUUUAUGAAGAUCACCCGCUCUGAGACCCCACAGCUAAUUCUCCCCUGGCCUCCUCGCUGGCCCAAGUAGGACCAAUUCAGCCACCUAGCCCUGGGAAUUAUCUAAUUGAUUUUUGAUUUUUAUUGUUAUUCAUGUUUUUAUACUGUAUUUUAUGCUGCUUUUAUAAUUUUUUAAAUUUGUUGUUAGCUGCCCUGAGCCCGGUUUUUGAACCGGGAAGGGCGGGGUAUAAAUAAAAAAUUAUUAUUAUUAUUAUGUGGCAGCCCUUCAGAUAUUUGAAGGCGGCUAUCUUUCCUCCUCUUAGUCUCAACUCCCUCAUCCCCAACUCCCUCAACCGUUCCUCAUCAGGCUUGGUUUCCAAGCCCUUGAUCAUCUUGGUCGCCCUCCUCUGCACACCUUCCAGCUCGUCAACAUCCUUCUUAAAUUGUGGACGCAGUCCUACAAUUUCCCUAUAGGAGUCUGGAUUUCUCUUGUGCAUGGUGAGAAAUUGCAUGAGUGUUUUUUUAUCCUCUUUCCCCGAAGCAUUGGGAGAUCUUGAUGCCUUAUCUUUUAUUGGGUCAGCUUCUGUUGGUGUAAGGAUUUGCAGCUUAGGGAAGGCCGGGACAUUGUGUGGAGCAGGUAGGCAGGCGAUUGGAUGAUUGGAUCCGGUAGCUUUCCAUUCUGUGUGUAGCCAUUCUGUUGUGCCAGCUGAAUGGGUGGGUAGCUGGUAAAUGAUUGCAAGGCUGGCUUGUGAUCUAAAUUCCUUCAAUAAAAGGAACUGCAAGAUGGGACUUGGGUGUAUUUCUCAUGCAAGGCUGCCCUCUUGUGGAGAGAAAGCUGGUUACAAUUUCAGUGUGAAACUUUCUGACGAGGGCAAGCGCGAUGAUUAAUUUUAGUGUAGCGGUUUUUGUUUUAAAGUGGAGAAUGGCAGCUGAGUUGGAGAUGCACGGAAAGGGCUGUCUCUGCAUCUGAAAGUGAGAUCUGGUAUGGAGAGUUGAUGGUCAACAUGCUUUCUCGUCUUCCUUUUGGUAUAGGAAACAAGCUGGUCAAAAAUAGCAAAAUAUAGUUCCAAUCCCUAACUAGUGAAUCACAGCUUCCCUUGAUGGCUUUUAACAAGAAGCUCUGACAAACAUCCAAAUGGGUAUAUAACUGGGAGUUUGUGACCUGCCCCAGCCUUCGGUGCCGCUGAUUUAAGCAAGGGGGGAAGGCAAAAGAUCUGCAAAUCAGAACAGAAGGCUUAUUGAGGCCAGUAGCCUUUUGUCCCGCAGCUGCCAACCAGAUGAUGACGAUAAUUUAAUUCAUAUAUCGUUUCAUGCCCAAAUAGGCUUCUGAGUGGUUUACAAAGUGUAGCCGCCAAUUACACAAACAUUAUAUCACCCGUAAUUAAAACGUGCUAUAAAACAAUCUCAGUAAAACAACCCAACUAUUAAAAGUGGAAACUCUGGUCGAGAGAUCAAGAAAACCCAAGACGCCUCUGGGUUGUCCACAAACAGGUGGUGAUGAGGGCAUAUCGAUGGGCGACUGGAGCAAUGUUGUGCACAUUUUAGCAAAGCAGGAGUAGGCUAUGAGCAGGAAAGGGGGGUGGUUCCCUUUAGAAGCUGAAAGAGAAAUGAGGAGUUCGGAAAGGGUGCUUGCAUGUUCAUGGGGUACCCGUUCAUGAGAUCACUUCUGCCAACUUUGCAGGAGUUGCUAAACUUUGAAGGCCCCCAGCAAGAUUUUAUUGUUUAAUCUUCCGCAAACCGUGUCCAAAAUACCUUAUCAGCUCCUAUGCAAUAUUUUUUUGCAGUUGUGGCGAAUCUUUUUGCAACAUGAUUGAUGUUUUUGCUAUACUAGACUCGUUAUUUGUUUUUAAAAAAUCCUAAUAAAAACAUUGAUUUUUAAAAAUAUCAAACGUUUUCCCGCUUGAGCGCAGGAAUCUGGAGGCAGAGCGAUUGGCCCUCUUGGUUUUGUUGCUGUCCAUUUAUUUAUUUCAUGGAGUUUAUACAAUGUUUGAUGGGAUUUUUUAAAAAACAAAUCCUCAGAGCAGUUUACGAAAAGAUAAAACGGGAAAAUCAAGAAAAAAUUACCGCUGUACCUCAAAAACAUACAAAAAGUUAAAAUACUGAAACAGGUUAAAACUCACAUCAAGUUUCUAAGCAUCAGGAUAGGCUUGAAAAGAAUACACUGAUAUCAAUAGGCAGGGAGUUCCAAAAGUAUAGGCACUGUCACACUCAAACAUUGAGUUUGAAAACACAUGCAGAACAGAUGUGGUUUGGCACCUGGGCUGCCCGUUCUACUGAUUGAAGAGAUCAAGUGGGCACAUCUGGGAUGAAGCAAUCUCACAGGUAAACUGCUCCCAAGAGUAACACCUUGGAUUUGGUCUGGUAGCUAAUAAGCCCAGAUGUUAGGCGCUGGCACGCCUGUUCUAGCUGCCGGUAGCUCCCUGCGUCUUGUGUCAUCACAACCGCCACAGCCGCAACGCGCCCCUGGCACUCCCUCUUCAAGCUUGAUGGCUUGAGACGAGCUGUGUCAAGAGAGGCUCUCCCCAGAGCCUUCAAAAUCUGAAGCGGCAAUUAUGCAAGAUUCCAGGCAGCUUUGUGGAGGGGUUGCUCUCCCUUUCAUGUCUCCAAAAUGGAAUCGUAAUGGCACACAUUUUUUACGCUGGCAAUUAGAUGCUGCAUUGCAAUUCAGCGCCACACGUCCCACACUGUUUUUUCCUUUAUGGGUGUGGGAGUGUUUUUAUGGGCCAGAUCACAAGAGCCACAUAACAGAGGAUUUAUUUAUUUUUUUACGGUGUGGUUUUUAUUGAGAUUUCAAAAUGCAACGCUGGGAAGACAGGGGAAUCUGUCCUCGGCUAGAUUUAAAAGAAAGAACUGUGGCAUUAAAAAAUAAUAGCUUGUGGGAUGCUUUUGGUUCCACCUCCAUUCCCAUCCCUGAGUAUCAGAGAAUUGUAGGGACCCUCAAGGGUCAUCUAGUCCAACCCCCUGCAAUGCAGGGAUCUCAGCUGGAUGCAGUUUACAUGACAGAUGGCCAUCCAACCUCUGCUUAACAGUCUCCAAGGAAGGAGAGUCCCCCACCUUCCAAAGGAGUCCGCAGAAAACAAUCCAUCUCCCAUGUGACAGCUCUUGACAUAUUUGAAGAUGACUAUUGAUGGGAAGCUAUUGUUGGCACCACAGGAAUUGUCUUAUGGUUUCCCACAGGGUUCCACAUUUUGUCCCCUUUGCUGUCUGACAUCUGGGAGUUGUCAUCAGGAGUUCUGGAGUGAAGUGUCAUCAAUAUAUGGUUCGCACUCGGCUCCAUCUCUUUGUACCAUCUGAAUCGGGAGAGGCGCUCGAGGUGCAAACUGCAUCUAUUGCAGCGAAACUAUAUUUAAACUGUAAUCGUCACCAACUGUAAUCUUUGCAUUCCAUUGCCAUUCAACUCCCACCUUUUGAUAUUCUCCUUUUAGAUACCGGCCACCUAAGAUUUCGCACUGGGUAUCUGACGACAUAGGCUCGAGUCCAUGGGAGCUUUAUGCCAUGAUAAAUUUGUGGUGCCACAAGAUUCUUCUGUGCUUUUUGUGUAAGAGCCCAACACCUCUAUUAAUUUUUUUUUAAAAAAACAACAAUCACACAUCUGUUGUGUGGCUUGUGACAUUUGGAGAAAGGGUCAUGGGAGGGAAUUUUGCAGGUGUGUUGGGUUUUGUUGCUGCUCUGACAAACCCCACCCUGAUUCUGUGGUCCAAGUGCUUUUGUAAGACCUUUGGGGCAGAGCAGGUAAAAGAAGACUACUGCUCAUGCACUGAGCAUCUUCAAUGGAGUUAUAACUUUCACUGUACUGUAUAUAUAAAAAAGCAUUGACCACUUGGGUCCCCAUCAUGUUAAUACCUGGCUAGCACUGUAGUUUUGUUUUGUUUUGAAUAUUUUGUUAUAAGCCACCCAGAGUGGCCAGGGGCAACCCAGUCAGAUGGGCAGCGUAUAAAUGUUGUCGUUGUUGUUGUGUAUGCAUGACGCACUACCAGACUGCUGAAUGUUGCCAGACAAAGGGAACAUGUCACUCCCUUGUUAAAAUGACUUCACUCGCUACUGAUCUGUUUCUGGGCACAAUUCAAAGUGUCCAAGCUACCUGAAAGAUCACAUCUCCCAUUAUGAACCUGCCCAGAUGCUGAGAUCCCUGGGUGAGCAUCUUCUCUCGGUCUCUCUGAGUUCCCUUAGUCUCAUCAACAUCCGAAGCACAGCUGGUGGUGACCUAGACAGAGCCUUUUCUGUGGCUGCUCCCAUAUUGUGGCACUGGCUCUGCUUUGGGUCCCUUCCAACUCUAUGAUUACAAGGAAGGAGAUUCCUUGGGGUCCCUCCAACUCUAUGAUCCUACGAAUUCACUCCCAAGAGAGGUCAGCCUGGCUCCCUCUUUGUUAUCCUCCUGGUUUCAGAAAGGCCUUUGGAGACUAAGGUGCAGACAUUGCUGACCGCUGGGCUGCUGUCGGGGCAAACUGUAUUUUUAAUUGCUGGUUCUCAAUGUGUCCUGGUGUCUUUUAAUUAUUGUUUUUAACCAGUCUGCAUUCUUUACUUUGCAUUUUAUAAUGUUGUUUUUAAAUGUCAGGAGCCGCCUUGAAUCCCAGCUUAGGAGAAAGGCGGAAUAUAAACACAAUGAGUGAUAAUUAUAUGAAUGCUUGCAGUUUUCCUGUUGAGGCCUCUGGUUGGCCACUGUAAGAACAGAAUGCUAGACUAAAUGGACCACUGGCUCAAUGAUGCAGGCUGUGCUGAUAUAUAUAUACUUACGAGGUUCUUUGUGUUUUGUCUGUGCAGGUCUGAAAGAAACCCUUCGACUGUGAAUUGAAGCAGGAGGUAAGGCUCCAUAAUUGCAUGCCUCAUUCCUUCAAGUGUGUCGAAUGGAAUAUUGCAGCCGGCUCAGCUGGAAGCGCUUUUCAGGAGGGCGUCUGGCUUGAUUUAAGGAAAUAAAAACACAAGUGGCGUCCUCCCUCCCUUGCUGAUGGGAACCGAGUGGGUGGGUUUGGUGGAGGCUGCCCUCCCGCAGUCGGGUGUCGAAGGCUUCCUUCCACCUGCCCCUCUUCAGGAGGGAAUUACCGUAUUUUUCGCUCUAUAAGAUGCACCAAACCACAAGACGCACCUAGUUUUUGGAGGAGGAAAACAAGAAAAAAAAUAUUCCGAAUCUCAGAAGCCAGGACAGCAAGAGGGAUAGCUGCGCAGUGAAAGCAGCAAUCCCUCUUGCUGUUCUGGCUUCUGGGAUAGCUGCGCAGCCUGCAUUCGCUCCCUAAGACGCACACACAUUUCCCCUUACUUUUUAGGAGGGAAAAAGUGAGUCUUAUAGAGCAAAAAAUACGGUACUUUGCGGUCUCUACAUCUUGGUGUUUUGGUUUACCUUAAAUGCUUGCCCAUCUUUGUGACCCCCCCUGGGGCCUCAGAGCAGCUUUCGCAGAGUCAAAACCAGAAACGGCAAAUCAGACCCACCAUGAUACACUUUGAAAUAAUUUAAAAAGAUGGUUUCAAAGUGCAAUUAAAAGGCAACGGGGACAAUCGCCAGCAUUCAGCCAUCCGGCCCUAAAAUUCAAAACGAGCUUUCGAAGAAAUUUCUGGGGCAGAUGAAAUAAGCUGACAGUCCUCCUUAGGCAGAAAAAAAUCCGCUCUAAGGAAUUUUCACCAGUGAAAUCGUUCAGCACCCAGUCACUGCCAGCCUGGCAUGGCAUCUUUCCAGUUUGGGAUGGCCUUUUCUAGAUUAGGCCAGUCCUAACCAGCUAAAGCUUCACUUUCCAGUUGCCUUUGGGAGCUUACAAGCGGGGCAUGGAGGUGGGUUGCAGUUCCACCAGUUCACUUGCAAUCUAUGUUAGUCAGAGGUACACUGCCUCUGGCUAUGCAGGCUCUGCACUGCUGGUAAUAUCUAGCAGGCCUGUUUCUCUAUGGGCUGCUGCUCCUUCACAACAGCUUAGUCAAACAGGCCUAACCAUGUGUUUGGAGUGUAUGGGGCUGAUUGGAGUUGUAGUCCGAAACUUUUCGAGGGCCCCCAGGUUGAGGAAGUCUUGACUAGAGCCUCAGGUGUGUGUUCUAUAGACGAGCUCACCCUGCUGAAAUGAAGAGCCCUCCUGACCCCAUAGAUCUCCGCCCAGGACCACCUGCAGCCAGGACCUCUUUGUAGUGCUCGUAAUAAUUUCUGCCUUUGCUCCCUUCUUCUGCACGUCGACAGGACAGACCCAAGAUGGCUUCACCGGCAGACAGUUGCAUCCAGUUCACCCGACACGCGAGCGACGUCCUCCUCAAUCUCAACCGCCUCAGGAGCAGGGACAUCCAGACGGACGUGGUGAUCAUUGUCAACCGGGAACAGUUCCGAGCCCACAAAACAGUCCUGAUGGCCUGCAGGUGAGGAGAACGACCCCAGGACUCGCCAACAUCCCACAAAGCUGAGUGCUUGGAGAUUCAGGGCUGAUAAAAGGAAGUCCCUUCCUCACACAGCGCGUAGUUAACUGUGAAACUCACUGCCACAGGAGGCAGGGGUGGCCACCGACUGGGAUGGCUGGAGGCUAAUUAAUGGAGCAGAGGGCUAUCAAUGGCUUCUUGGCUAUGCUCUGCAAUUCUUCUGAGUAAGAGCCAUGUACCUUGAGCUCCUUGGAAGAUAGGUGGGCUGUAAAAUGAAUAAAUAAACACUUCUCCACUUGUGUUUUUUCUUCUUCUCUUCAUCCCAGUGGCCUUUUCUACAGCAUUUUCACUGAUCAGCUGAAGUGCAAUUUGAACGUCAUCAACCUGGACCCAGAGAUCAACCCCGAAGGCUUUGGCAUCCUCCUUGAGUUCAUGUACACCUCCCGUCUCAACCUGCGGGAGAGCAACAUCAUGGCUGUCAUGACCACGGCUCUCUACCUGCAGAUGGAACACGUGGUAGAUACCUGCCGGAGGCUGGUCAACACCAGGUGAGUUGGCCCGGGCUAACCUCAGCGAGGUCAGUCCAUGGUUAUGCAUUUUUUGAGAACGUUGUGUGCUCUUAGGGUAGCUCCUUCUACUGCUGGGUCCAGCAGUCCUCACUGUUAGGGGUCUGCCGUGUUAACUCUACCACCAUCAGCCCUGGUUUCACCCCAAAGUAGGAAACACUAGAAAUCGUGGACAUCCAAGGAAGCUGAAGAACGAAAGUUCUUCUUUUAUCUGUCUAUGGAACUUGCUCCUACAGUGGUGACCAUUGAUCUAGAUGGCUUUAAAAGAGGAGACGACAAAUUCCUGGAGGAAGAGAGGUCUGUUGCUGGAAACCACAGAAGGUGGAGAGUGCUGUUGUUGUGCUCUGAUCCUGCUCAUGGGUUUCCCUUGGCCACCAUGAGAACAGGAUGCUGGACUAGAUUGGCCUGAUCCAGAAGGCUCAUCUUACCCUCUUAUGUUGGUUGGCAUCCAUCUGUCUCAGGAGACAAUGGAAGAAGAGUACGCCUUCGGGGGUCAAACUAGCGCAUGGAUAGCUCAAUUGGUUAGAGCAUGGCGCUAAUGCCAAGGUUGCAGGUUUGAUCCUCAUAUGGAGACAGCUGAAUAUUCCUGCCUUGCAGCGGGUUAGACGAGAUGAUCCUCGGGGUCCCUUCCAAGUCUACAAUUUUAUGAAACUGUUGGAGAGUCACAGCGCCUGCUGUGGCUGUAGAUACGGGAGAGACAUGCUUGGUUGCAGCUGGGGCAGAGGACAGUAUCUUCUAUCUGUGUUCUUAUGUAGGAAGAAGGAAUUGCCUGUUGUGACCAUGAUCUAUCAAUUAUUCCAACAUUUCCCUCUCUCUUUCUCUCCCUUCCCGCCAUGUCCAGUGACACAGAGAUGAUGUCUGCCGUGAAGACUCAGCGGGAAGACUUUCUGGGCGGUCGCCUGGCCAGCCACCCGGACAUGAUGGCAUACAGGAGCAGCAGGGAAGUCUCCGAAAGCGGGCUACCUCUCCGAAACGGGUCCAUCUGCGACGGAAGAGCCUUCGUCCCCGGCUUGUACAGCGGCCUUUCGGGCUCCCCCAUCUCCUACACUGGAUACAGCCCCAUGCCGGUUGGUGGGUACCUCUUCUCAGACGAGGAGCUGCGGGAAGCAAGGAUGCCCCUGUCGGACAUUUCCAGGGCCAACCCUUUCCCAAGGGAGCGGGCGCUGCCGUGCGUCUCAUCCCGGACGGGCGCUGCCGGUUAUGCCCGGAGCGUCACCGAGGUAUCACCCGGCAUGUGCCAGGCCGCCAUCUACUCCCCGAAGAAAGCUGCUGCCGAUGAGGUCAAAAGUGAUGUGCACUACAGUGGCGCCCCUGCCCCCAAGCCUGCCGCCCCCUUGGUAGCCCGCAACAGCGCCUACUUCCCCUGCGACAAGGCAGGGAAGGAGGAGGAGAGGUCCCCAGCUGAAGACGACAUCAGUCAGCGCUUCGAGGCAAGCAACGCCCCCAUGAACCGCAAGGUCCUGGUCAGCCCCCAGAGCCCGCAGAAGUCGGACUGCCAGCCCAACUCGCCCACCGAGUCCAGCAGCAGCAAGAACGCCUGCAUCGGGCAAGGGCCCGGCGGGCCGCCCUCCGCCAAAAGCCCCACCGACCCCAAGGCUUGCAACUGGAAGAAGUACAAGUUCAUCGUGCUCAACUCGCUCAACCAGAGCGCCAAGCCGGAAGGCCCUGAGCAGGGCGAGGCGGGGACCCUCUCCCCCCACACCUAUGCCCCCUCCCUGACCUGCCAGCAGUCGAUGGAGCCCGAGAGCUUGGAUGUUCAGUCCCCCACCAAGAUGAGCGUCAACGGGGAGGACUCGACGAUCCCUCAGGCCAGCAGGCUGAACAACAUUGUCAACAGGUAAAAGCUCCCGGUUUGUUGGGGCUCCUUACGGGCUCACCAAAGGCCCACUGAGUGUGGCAGGAGGUGGCAAGCUUCCAUUUUCUUUCUCCACCCUCCUCACCAUCAUUGAAGCCCUCAGCUUCGGGCUGAGCAAAGAGGGAUGAGAGGCAGGCCUGCCUUUUCCUAUAAUAAUAAUAAUAAUAAUAAUAAUAAUAAUAAUAAUAAUGUUUUUUUAUUUAUACCCUGCCCUUCCCGGUUCAGAAAAUGGGCUCAGGGUGGCUAACAACAAAUUUAAACCGCUUAAUUGAUACAACAAAAAACAGCAUAAAAUACAGUAUAAAACAUGAAUAACUAUAAAUUCAGAUUUCAAAAAUCAGUUUGGGGGGAAAUUCAUCCAAUAAGCAUUAGAUGAUCACCAGGGCUAGCUGGCUCAAUUAGUCCUUUUGGGCCAGUGAGGAGAUCAGGGGAGAAUUAGCUGUGGGAUCCCAUUUCCCCCCAAAUAAGAAUCAGAAGAGCCUGUUGGAUAAGGCCAAUGGCCCAAUCUGCUCAGCAUCCUGUUCUCACGAAGCCUGCUAGCAGGAUCCGAGUGCGAGAGCCCUCUCCCCUUCUGACGCUUCCAGCUGUGUGGGGCACAGCAUGGUCAUGGUGGCUAGAAGCCAUUGAUAGUCCCCCUACUCCGUGAAUUUGUCUAGUCCUCUUUUAAAGCUGUCUGGCUUGGUGGCCGUCACUGCCUCCUUGUGGGAGGGAGUUCCACAGUUUAACUCUGCACUGCAUGGAGAAGGACUUUCUUUUAUUUACUCUGAAUCUUCCAACACUUUGGAUGUCCACGAAUUCUGGUGUCAUGAGAGAAGGAGGAGAGAUGAAACAGGGGUUGCCAUGAAACAGGGGUCAGGUGGCCAUCUGCCAAAGGGGUUCUUUAGCUGGGAUUCCUUGCACUGCCGCGGGUUGGACUGGAUGACCCUCGGGGGGCCCCCUCCCAGGUCUACAGUUCUGUGAUUCCGUCUACGUUGCUUACACUCCUUCCCCCACCCGCUCUGCCUAGGUCGCUAGAUGGGUCUCCUCGCGGCAGCGACGACCAGUCGCCUUUGUACCUGCAUUCUUCCAAGUGCAGCUCCUGCGGUUCGCAAUCCCCCCAGCAUUCUGAGAUGUGCCUUCAUACCCCCGGCUCACACUUCGGAGAAGAGAUGGGAGAAACGCAAUCGGAAUACUCCGACUCCAGUUGUGGUGAGCCCAGACCAAUCCAUUUCAUGGUUAUUUCGGCAAAGGAGUUCCGUAGCUCGGCGCAGGGACACCUGCUUGGCUUGCAGAAGGCCCCGGCGGGUUCAAUCCCAGGUUGGCGCUGCCAGGCAGGGCUGGGAUUGCCCUCUGCCUGAAACCCUGGAGAGCAUUGUGGGCGAUAGCGGAUCAGACGGCGCAAUGGUCUGAUUCGCCAUAAAGCAAGAUUCCCUAUGUUCCCUGCACGCUCUCAUUUCCCCUGCUUGCUCACUCUACGGGCACACAAUAUAUAGGUACCCAGAAGCCAAUCUCUGGCCUUAUAAGAUGCAACACAUAGCAAGCAGGAAACCCCUCUUCUGCCAAUGAAAUCCGUUCAGAUAAUGAUUGGGUGGCUUUCCCAAUUCAAAGGUUGUUUUUUUAAAAAAGCUCUCUUAAAAAAACAAACCAGAGUCAAAUGGUUUGCUUCUGGAACCAGAUCAUUCCUGUGCCACACAUCCCUUUCAGAGUCUCAUCCGCACAAUCCAAAUAUUGCAUCCCUUAAUUCGGAAAUUCAGAACAUCCCGAAUUCAGGUUCCGAAAACCUAAAGCCAAAGCGAUCCAAGGCUCUGAAAUUCUCCAAAAUUGGACUGAAAAUUUUUCAUAUUUGAUUUAAAAAAACAACAACCACCCAAAAUGUAUUUCUAUAGCUCCAGCAACAUCUGGUUUAGAAUCUCUAUUUGUGGGGGAGGGGUGGGCAAAGCCGUUUCACAUCCUUUCGGAUCACAUAGUGCUGUACAAACCUCUUUUGCAGAGGCCAGACGUGUCUUUUGUAGGAUAAGGCCUGGAUUGGGGGAGGAGGGAGUGUCAAGCCACCCAUCCAACAUUGUGCGCCACCCUGCUGGCAUGUAGCCCUGAGGUCCCCUGCUCCACCCACACGCCUGGAGUUUUGCACAGCGCCCCUUCCCCCUCCCCAGAAACUGAGCUGGAUCAGCUCUGGUACCAGUGCCAAUGGGGCUUUAUAUUAAUGGCAGGGUCUCCUGGCAUUUGCCCCAUUUGCAAUUUCGCCUCUGCCCUAGAGCAUGCAGCAGCUGUUUAUCUUACCCAAUGCAUCUGUAGUCCACCUUUUCCUCCUCCAAGGAGUGAAGUGAAGGACAUGAGGCAGGAGUUGAUAAUGCAGGUGAGCUGCGCACAGGUGAGCUGCAAGCAAGCUGCCGGCCAGCUCUGUGGAGGCUCCUUUUAUUGACACAAUAUGCAAACCCAGGCAGAUACAUUUUGGGCUGCGACCUUUGCACAUCUUCCAGUCCCGAGAUUGUGAGGUGGUACAAAGCUAUUCUGGCACCUGUUUCCACCGUGUCAUUUUCCCCUUGCACAGUGUGUGACGAAGGAGACAAAGGUCUCAGAGACAAAGGUCACAGACAGGACAUGGCAGACUACUGAGACCGCAAAACGUUAGACAGAGGGCAAGAUGUUCAAACAGCUGUGGCUUUAUAUGUGAGGGGGAGUGCGCUCCAUACCCAGCGAUCAUUCCUACAGAGGAGCUUGAGGUGGAGCACAUGGCUCCCGCCUCCUCCCUUUAAACCCCACAACGACAACCCUACGAGGUAGGCUAGGCUGAGAGAAGGCAGUGACUAGCCCCAAAAGUCAAACCCAGCGAGUUCAUGGGGAUUCAAACCCAAGUCCGCCACAAGCAGUAGGCCACGUUGUCUCUGGCGGAUGAGGAUUUCCAGGAAGGAGGAAUUACCCACUGGACCCUCCCAUCCCCCAAGCAGCAAUAUCUGCACAAGCUAGCCCCCCUGUGUGUGUUUGUGUGUGCUUAGCUGUUGCGCUUAGCUUCCUCUGACUCCCGGCCGCCUCUUCCUCCUUCGGUUCCCCCGACAGAGAACGGAACCUUUUUCUGCAACGAGUGCCACUGCCGCUUUUCGGAAGAGGCGUCGCUGAAGAGACACUCCCUCCAAAUGCACAGCGACAAGCCCUACAAGUGUGACCGUUGCCAGGCCUCCUUCCGCUACAAAGGAAACCUUGCCAGCCAUAAAACUGUGCACACAGGUACGGCGCUUCCGGGCCGCCACAGGGGCAGGGGAGAGGUCUGUCGGGAUGGUGGACGGUCAGGCCGAGGGAGCCGUGCGGCCUGGGGCCGUGGAACCGCAGGAUUGCCGGGUUGGAAGGGGCCUCAAGCGGUCAUCUAGUCUGACCCCCUGCAAUGCAGGGAUCCCGGACAGACAGCCCUCUGAGCUCUGUUUAAAAGUCUCCGGCGAAGGAGGGUCCACCACCCUCCGAGGUCAUACGAUCACGGAACCGUAGAGCUGGAAGAGAUCCCUUGCAACACGGUAAUCGCAGCUAAAGAACCCCUGACAGUUGCCCACCCAAGCUCUGCUUGAAAACCUCGAAUGAAUCAUUGAAGGGCUCCCCAAGGGACAUCUAGUCCAACCCCCUGCAAUGCAGGAAUCUCAGCUAUAGUAUCCCUGGCAGAUGGCCGUCCAACUUCUGCUAAAGCACCUCCAAGAAACAAUAGUCCACCAGCUCCUCAAGGAGUCCAUUCCACCUUCCAUUUCCCCCCGUAUGUCUGGCUGAAAUGAAACUAAACCCCAAAAACCUUCAGUGAGGACCAAAAGUGGGAGAACCGGUGCAGGAAUGGGAACCUCCAGAUUAAUGGCGGACCACAAUUCCCGCCUUCCCUGACCAGUGUCUGAGGACGGUGGGAAUUUGUGUCCCUGCACAGUGUUGAGGUGCCCUUUUUCGAGGGACAAAGCUGUUUCUGUUUGUAAAGCACUUUGUGAUCUGUGGCAGCGGAAGGAUCUGAGACAGGCAGUAUCAUCGAGUUAAGGGAGCGAGCUUUGAGCCAGGGAGUCAGCAGUUCAAAUGACCUCGCCUUGGCCAUGGACUCUCUGGCUGGCCUUUGCAACCUCCGCUCCUCAUCUGUAAAAUGGGGGCAAACCCUUAUCCGGUUCUGGGGAAAUCAUGAGGGGUGCUCACAUGUAAUGUUUUAACGAGUAUGCAACCUGGGUACGCAAAAAGCUGAGCUGUAUCCUUGUAGAGUUAUUCACAUGCAACAUGGAAAACAGUGUACGCAGUGUAGGCAUCUGUGUACGCUGUAGGUUUGGUUGUGUUGGAUGAAGGUACAUUAUUAUUAUUAUUAUUAUUAAUAAUAAUAAUACCUCACCCUUCUGGCUGGGUUUCCCCAGCCACUCUGGGCGGCUUCCAACAAAAUAUUAAUGUUAAACAAACAUGUUAAACAUGUUAAACAAACAAAAUGUUAAACAUUAAAAGCUUCCCUAAACAGGGCUGCCUUCAGAUGUCUUCUAAAAGUCUGGUAGUUGUUUUUCUCUUUGACAUCUGGUAGGAGGGCCUUCUCGGUGGUGGCUCCCGCCCUGUGGAACACCCUCCCAUCUGAUGUCAAGGAAAUAAACAGCUAUCUGACUUUUAGAAGACAUCUGAAGGCAUCCCUGUUUAAGGAAGUUUUUAAUGUUUGAUGUUUUAUUGUGCUUUUAAUAUUCCGUUGGGAGCUGCCCAGAGUGGCUGGGGAAACCCAGCCAGGUGGUCGGGGUAUAAAUAAUAAAUUAUUAUAUCAUUAAGGUCCCAGGUUAAACUCCCCAUGGCAUCUCCAGGCAGGGCUAGGAGAUGCUGCCAGCCUGUGUUGACAAUACUGAGCUGCAGGGGCCAAUGGUUUGGCUCGGUAUAAGGCGACUUCCUAUUCCGCUCUUAUGCAUUUGGGUCCUUGGCGCUGAGAGUUUUGAAGGUGAGGGGGCACCGUAGUCGCCCAGGCCCCAUUCCUUACCCAAAGGAGCGCCCUCCCUUCUAGGCGGGCCACACACACUUUCAUAGAAGCACCUUCUCUUUUUCUUUCUUUUGCUUCAUACCGCGACACUAAACAGGCUCCGUUCUGUUUGUCGAGACAGGCGAGAAGCCGUAUCGCUGUAGCAUCUGUGGGGCCCAGUUCAACCGGCCGGCCAACCUGAAGACCCACACGCGGAUCCACUCGGGAGAGAAGCCCUACAAGUGCGAGACCUGUGGGGCGAGGUUCGUCCAGGUGGGUAGUUGAUAGGUGGAGAUGACUCUGUGGACUCCCUGGGUGGCGGGAUUGAGAAUUUAGCCAUAUUAGCAGAACUUGAGUGAUACUUGUGAACACAAAUACCUUUUGUGGAGUAGACGGGAACAAUACAGUGGUACCUCGGGAUGUGAACGGGAUCCUGAAGUGGACCUAAGAUGCGCAGGCGCGGGUUGCGUUUCUCCGCUUCCACGCAUGCGCAUGACAUCAUUUUGAGCGUCUGCGCAUGCGCGAGUGGCGAAACCCAGAAGUAACGCACUCCGUUACUUCCAGGUCGCCACGGAGCGCAACCCAAAAAUAUUUAAGCCGAAGCGUAUUCAUCCCAAGGUUUGACUGUAUUAAAGAAUAUAAAACACUGCGGAAAAAACGACAGUAUAAACAGUACAAUGAGAAUGAUUGGAAGACUUGUUUUGUCAGAAGACUUUUUUAUUUAAGUGUUUAUUUAAGUAUUAAUUAGGAAGAUUAAGUUUUUUUAAUGCACGUAAAUCUGCUUUUUCUUUUUUUCUGUAUUUUCUUCUUUUCUUUUUUCUUAAUUCUUUUUUCUUUAAUUUCCUUUUUGUAGUAUGAGAUUGUAAAUUCUUUGUAUAUGUGUGUAAUUUAAAUUAAUAAAGAUUAUUAAAAAGAGAGAGAGAGAGAGAAUUUGGCCCUUCUGGAACCCCUCUGCCAACACCAAAGGGGGUCUUUCUUUUGUGUGUGUGUUUUGUUUUGUUUUAAAUUUUGUAACGUAAUCUUUAUUGCAUUUUAAAAAUUUACAGAAAAAGAGAAUAAAUUCAGCCUUACACCCACGUGUACUAAAAAGAAAAGAAAAUACAUAAAAGAAAAUUGUAAAAAGAAAAAGAUCUUUGUCAAAUACACAAAAUUAUUUAAGGAGUACAAACCAUAAUUUGAAUAUUCUACGCACAAAAUUCAUAGAAAGAAGUUACCUUCAUAUUUCUUCUUUCCUCCCCCCCCCCCCCUUACAGUCACGUUCUUUCUGUUCCCCGAAACUGGUUUGAGUCCCUUAUAUGUUUAUUGACUUCCCUCUAACUCUUUGCGGCUUCAACACUUCUCUUACAUUUAAGUAAUCUCUAUUCAGUUGUAAAAAGAAAAUUCCCUUAUUCCUGUGAGGUUAAUCUAGGCACACAACCAAGAAUCGUUACUGGAACCAUAUUUUGUCAGGUAGUUUUUAAAGCAAUCCCAUUCUUUUUUUUAACCUUGUCGCCUGAGCGGUUUCUUAUUAAUCCUGUUUCUUUUGACGCCCCAAAUGAACUCGUGGGAACUGCCCCUCUUGACCACCUGUAUUCCUUUCACCAGGUAGCACACCUGAGAGCUCAUGUGCUGAUACACACCGGCGAGAAGCCCUACCCGUGCGAAAUCUGUGGGACCCGAUUCCGGCAUCUGCAGACCCUCAAGAGUCACCUGCGAAUCCACACUGGGGAAAAGCCCUACCAUGUAAGUCGUGGCGUCUGAAUGCCCCAUGGUGGAGAUUUCUGCAUUGCAGGGGGUUGGACUAGAUUUCCCACGGGGUCCCUUCCAAUUCUACAAUUCUAGGAUCUUGUAAGCCAGGCUACACCACGCUGGUACUUUCCCCUAGCAGCUAGCAGUGGCCAAAACCCUGGAUGGCUUUAAAAGUCGUGGUUUUAUUAAUUCUCAGGCCACAGGCCAUUUGCGUAUAAGAUGAAUAGGUACAGCGCAGAAACACACAAUAUAAAAUACUGUAUAAAAUCACAUUGCUACUUAGAAGCAUGCAUCUUAAAAAUACUGCAUAAAUCACAUGUAACGUAGAUAAAACUUACAUAUUGAAAGCACUAAAUUUAAUACAGAGAAAAAGCAUUGCUUAUUGAAAGGUAAAGGGACCCCUGACCAUUAGGUCCAGUCGCGGACGACUCUGGGGUUGCGGCACUCAUCUCGCUUUAUUGGCCGAGGGAGCCGGCGUACAGCUUCUGGGUCAUGUGGCCAGCAUGACUAAGCCGCUUCUGGCAAAACCAGAGCAGGGCAAGGAAACGCCGUUUACCUUCCCGCUGGAGUAGUACCUAUUUAUUUACUUGCACUUUGAUGUGCUUUCGAACUGCUAGGUUGGCAGGAGCAGGGACCGAGCAACGGGAGCUCACCCCAUCGUGGGGAUUCGAACUGCCGACCUUCUGAACCGCCGACCUAGGCAGGUCCUAGGCUCUGUGGUUUAACCCACAGCGCCACCCGCGUCCCAUAUGCAUAGCUUGGCUUAGUUAGUUAGUUAGUUAGUUAGUCUAGGCACAACCAAACUUUCAUAUUUGAGCCCUGCUUGUAUAAAUAUUCAUUUAAGCAUUCCCAUUGUUUCUGAAUUAUAAUUUUUGGUUUAUGCCUUAUUAAAUCCGUCAGUUUUGCUAACUCCAGGUACUCACAUAGUUGACUUAACCAUUCCCCUUUUGUUGGGAUAUAAUUUCCUUUCCAAUGACUGGCUACCAACGUUCUCGCUGCUGCUGUUGCAUACAGAAAGACCAGACAAGACAAUUUAUCCCUGUUGUUCUUAGAGCCCUGAUCUGACGCCUUUUCGCUUUUUCUCCUCUCCCCUCCCCUCCAGUGUGAAAAGUGCAACCUGCACUUCCGCCACAAAAGCCAGCUGCGCCUCCACUUGCGCCAAAAGCACGGCGCCAUCACCAACACCAAGGUGCAGUACCGCGUCUCGACAGUGGAAGGCGCCGCUGAGCUCCCGAAGGCUUGCUGAAGGAAGGACCUGUUUCUCGGGAGAAGAGGGUCUGGCUUAGGAGGAGGAGGAAGGGCAGUGGGGGCGAUGUCCAAAGGAAACUUGUAACACUUUAGGGGAGGGGGGACAAAAACUUUAUUAUUCUUUAUUGUCACACAAUGGAGUGCCUCUCGAAGCCCGGAGUGCAGUUGCAAAGGAGGAAGAGAGAAAUAGUAUAAUGACACGGGUUUUACAUUUCCUUUUUGUUUUUUCCUGCUUCCCAGUUAUGUGAAUUUUCAAAAAAGUAUAUAUAUAUCUAUAUAUCUCUCUAUAUAUAUCUAUAUAUAUAUAGUCAGAUCGACAUUUUGUGUGUAUGUGUGUGUGCGCGUGUGUGUGUUUACGUGCAAGAGAGUUUGGGUUUUGGAGCUGGGGGGGUGGAGAACCCCUGUGUUUUAAAAGUCUGCGCUGCAAAAGGCCUGACCCUUUCACAGCCAGGAGACGAGGAAUGUAGAUUGUUUCAUGGGAACAAAUUGUUAUUUCUUUUUUCUUUUUCUUUUUGCAAAUGAAAUUGUGUGUUUUUUAACGAAAGAGCGGGGGCGGCGGGCGGGGAGAUUGUAUAUCCUAUCAGAAUGGAGAGGGCUUUAACUUUUUAACCAAAGGUGAUGGAAUCUAUGGCAGAGUUGUAAAUAUAUGAAUAUAUAUAUAUAUAAAUAAAUAUAUAAAAAAUAUAAACCUUUAAAAAAGAGAUAUUAAAUGCAUAUAUAUAUAUAUAUAUAUAUAUACACACACACACAGACACACACACACAUAUAUACAUAUAUAUAUAUGCAUUAAAGUCUCCUGCUAGGCCUCUGCAGGCAGAUGGCUGAUCCGGGAGUCUUUAUUGUGACAAAGCACUUAACAAGAUAUUUUAAAAAGUAUUGCAUCUGUAUUAGUGAGAAAAUAUUUUGUCUAAGAGCAUUGAGUGUGUAUUUGUAUUUUUUGCAAGUGAAGGUUUACAAUUUACAAAAAAAAGAGUGUGUAUUAAACCAACAAAGCUGCAGAAGGAAUUUAAAAUAAUUUAAAAAAACGUAAUUUUGUGUUCUGUUUUCCUUCUUUCUUUCUUUCCUUUCCCCCAGUCUGUAUAUAUGUACAAUGUUCGUUUGGGGUUUUAUUUUUAUUUCUCUCUUUUUUUUUGCGUUUUCUCACAGUGCCUUUCUUUUCGACUAAAUUAGAGCCCAGUUUUGAGGUACGGUGUCGCUAUAAAGGGGGUCGUUGCAGACUCUUGAUGGAGAAUGUCAGGUGUUGUUGUUUUUUUUAAAGAUAAUAAUAAUUUGGUCUCAUUUUAUACACUUGUGUUACAAUCAGUCAAUCUCGGGUGACAGGGUUUGGGGGUGUGUCAAACUGCAUUAAUGCGUUCUGUAAAAUAUAGCUGUACAAAUUCAAAAAUAAAACGGCAGAAAGCAACCAUGAGCAA